AUGUCAGCCAGUGUGGUUCCUCUCAAAGAUGAAGGCACCAGACUUCAAGUCGUGUCUGCCGGCGCCAUAGCUGGUUUGAUAUCUCGCUUCAUCAUCGCACCUCUAGACGUCGUCAAGAUUCGCCUGCAACUGCAGCCGCAUUCUCUCACCGACCCUCUCGAACCCCUCCGCGAUGCCCCCGCCUACCGAGGCGCCGUCGCGACGGUAAAGCACAUUCUCAAGCAUGAAGGGAUCACGGGUCUGUGGAAGGGCAACGUCCCCGCCGAGAUCAUGUACGUCUGCUACGCAUCCAUACAGUUCGGGACCUACCGUGCCACGACGAUGGCCCUGCAGAGCGCCUUUGCCGACAACAGACUCCCCGGCGCCGCCGAGAGCUUCAUCGCGGGAGCGUCUGCGGGCGCCGUGGCGACAACCUGCACAUACCCGCUCGACCUCCUCAGGACGCGGUUCGCCGCGCAGGGGAGGCACAGGAUAUAUAGCUCGCUGUGGGGCGCCAUCUCGAGCAUCAAGCGCGAGGAGGGGGUGAAGGGCUUCUUCCGCGGCAUCGGCCCCGGCGUGGGGCAGAUCGUCCCCUCUAUGGGCAUCUUCUUCCUCACAUACGAGCAGCUGCGGCUGGCCCUGAGCAAGUACAACCUGCCCUGGGGCGGCGGCGACGCGACCGCGGGGAUGGUGGGGAGCGUCGUGGCCAAGACGACCGUGUUCCCCCUCGACCUCGUGCGGAAGCGCAUCCAGGUCCAGGGCCCGACGCGGAUGCGGUACGUGUACGGCAACAUCCCUGAGUACGGGAGCGCGCGGAAGGCGCUCGUCACCAUUGCCCGCACCGAGGGCUUCAGGGGCCUGUUCAAGGGCUUGCCGAUUAGCCUGAUAAAGUCGGCGCCGGCCAGCGCCGUCACGGUCUGGACGUAUGAGAGGGCGUUGGGGUUGUUGAUCAGCAUGGACGAGAAGAAGGAUAUGUGA